CCAUGUCUGUGUGAGGUGAAGGAUGCUCCCGCUCAGCCAAAUAUUGUUGAUUUGCCCUCUCACGGAAGGCUAAGAAUGUCGAGACUAGCGGAUUAUUUCGCCAUCGUUGGAUACGACCACAAGAAUGACCGUAAUGGAAUUGGCUCUGGUAAAAUUAUCCAGCGAUUUCCAGAGCGAGAUUGGCCAGAUACACCUUUCACCGAGGGACUGGAGCUGUUCUGUCAGCCACAAGGUUGGGCGCUAUCAACAGACCGCCAAGAGCCAAAGUUCUUUGUGUCGGUGCUGACAGACAUAGAUGCCAAUCGCCACUACUGUGCAGUGCUGUGCUUCAAUGAGGCUGUCUCCAUCACUCCCAGCAAGCCCACAGAUGAGGAGGAUGAUGGACUGGAGCUGGGCAGCAGUGGGGUGCGGGGUGUGGUGCCCCCAGUGCCUAUCAUCACCCACCACUCCAUCAUGUACGCCCCCAAGUGCCUCGUUCUCAUCUCACGACUCAACUACUUUGAAACCUUUAGAAAUUGUAUGGGCAUUGUGUACACAGUUUAUAUGGAGGGACUUGGGGUGAGCAUGGAGACACUAAUUGGAAACAUGGUGGGCUAUGUACAAGUGUCCCCUCCAGGAGGACUCCAGGUUCGGUUCAGCAUUGGUGCUGGAGACAGACAGGCCCUUCAACCCCCAGCCUCCCCCAGCAUCCCUGUCACCAACACCACAGUUCUCAGUCUCUUCAAUCAGCUUGGUAUCAAGAAUGUGAUGGUGAUCUUCUGUGCUGCCUUAACUGAGCAUAAGAUUCUUCUCCAUAGUCAGUCUUACUGCCGACUAACAGAAUCUUGUCAUGCUCUAGAAGCUCUCCUUUACCCCUUUAAAUACUCUCAUGUUUACAUUCCAAUCCUACCGGCUUCCUUGGUUGAAGUUCUCUCCACCCCAACUCCCUUUAUCAUGGGAGUCCACUCAUCACAUCAAAAUGAUAUUGCUGAAUUGAUGGAUGUCAUUGUGGCAGAUCUGGAUGGAGGCUCCAUUCGUGUGCCUGAGAGUCUCACAAUGUCCCUACUACCAGAGCCUUUCUGGUCACAGACUCAUAAUGCACUGUCAAAGGUGCUGCAUCCUGAUCUCAGCACUGCAGAUAAUGCCUUCCCCUCAAGUGCUGGCAUCAGAGCCACCCCACACGUCAUGGUAGACAAAGAGAUUAGAGCAGUAUUCAUGAGGAUGUUCGCUGAGCUGCUGCAGGGUUACCGUUCCUGUCUCACCCUCAUUAGGAUACACUCCAAGCCAGUCAUCACUUUCCACAAGGCAUCCUUUCUUGGCAACCGUGGAAUGGUGGACAAUGAUUAUGUGGGUAAGCUCCUGGACUGCAUGUUCUUUACAACCUUUGUCACGGAGCGUGGUCCGCCAUGGAGAGUGUGUGACCUGUGGGAUGACGUCUAUGCAAACAUUGGGGACCAGCUGCGGCAGGAACAACAUGACUGUCGAAAAAUGUUGGAAAAUAUUCAGGAACUUGCUCAACAGCUCUACAACAAUGAAAACCCAAACCCACAGCCAUUUGUACCCAAGAUCCCAAAACCUACAGAGGGAUCUUUUACUCGCAUCCACCAACCAGUCUUCCCACACAUUGACUCCCAGCAGGUCCAGAGCAUCAUUGAUGAAGGCACUUCCAAGAAAAUGAAACUUCCACAGAAAGCAGGUCAACCAAGAAUAGUACCAAUGGGCCCCCACAUUUCCAGUUUACAGUCUGGGAGAGGAAUAGUGUCCAGCUCUGCAAGAAGAUUAGAAGUAAUGAGAAACUGUGUGAACUGUAUAUUUGAGAACAAGAUUAGUGAUGCCAGAAAAACAUUCCCUGCUGUGCUUCGGGCACUGAAGAGCAAGGCAGCCCGGCUUGCUUUAUGUACUGAGCUGAGCCACCAUGUCCAAGGCAAUAGAGCAGUGUUAGAACACCAGCAGUUUGACCUUGUGGUGAGACUCAUGAACUGUGCCCUGCAGGAUGAUUCACCCUUGGAUGAAUAUGGUGUGGCUGCUGCCUUGCUCCCUCUCUCAUCAGCUUUUUGUCGGAAGCUCUGCACUGGAGUCAUACAGUUUGCCUACACCUGCAUACAGGACCACAGUGUUUGGAGCAAUCAGCAGUUCUGGGAGGCAUCAUUCUAUCAAGAUGUUCAAAGAGAGAUUAAGACCCUAUACCAAGAUCGCUCCCAGCAGACCAGCAGGACAUCGAUCACCUCAGAUGCUCCUGUCAUGAAAGACCCCAGCCUUAGUCCCAUCAAUCCUAAAGAUAAACGUAAGAGUGGAGCCUGGGGUGAAGUUGAUAACAAGAUGCAUCGCUCUGUUGCCUUGGAAACUAAGAUCUCAGAAUGGAAGGAUGGGAGGUCAUCAUACCUUCGGCCACAUGAACCCUCGGCACUGGAAAUUGCAGCUGAACAGAUGAGACUGUGGCCCAACAUAGAAAACAAAAAGCAGCGUGAGCUGGUGGAGCAGGAGGAGUCCACACUGUACUCACAGGCCAUUCACUAUGCCAACAGAAUGGUGUAUCUCAGGAUACCCUUAGACAUUAAUGCAGCUGUUCACAGGCGAACCUACAAUGAACGAGAUAAUGCCAGCAACAGCAUAACAAACAGUAUGGCAGAGAGCGACAGUCUUGAUGCGGAAUCAGGGUUUGAAGACCAGGAGCAGAGUGACCGAGAGACAAGUGUAGUGCGCUUUGUGUCCAGGUUUGUGGACAAGGUGUGCACCGAAGGCAAUGUCACAGAGGAGCACAUAAAGUCACUUCAUCAGAUGAUCCCUGGGGUGGUGGCCAUGCAUGUGGAGACCCUUGAUGCUGUCUACAAGGAGUCCAAGAGGCUGCCACCAAUUCAGAAGUCAACAAUAUUCAUCAGACGUGAUGCAUAUAGACAAAGUGUAGAUGGCACUUACGAGCCAGACCCCAGGUACACAGAGAUUGUGUAUGGCCAGCCCAAGAUCCUGCUGCCCUCACUGGUGCCUGGAGAAGAGGUCAUGUAUGAGGGCUUGCGGGUUUACCUGCUACAAGAUGGUCGGGAAGAGUCUACUGGUGGUCAUGUUGGAGGUCCCAUUCUGCUUCCAGCUGAAGGAGCACUCUUCCUCACUAACUACAGACUCAUCUUCAAGGGUCUCCCCACUGACCCAUAUGCAUGUGAGCAGGUGGUGGUACGGUCAAUGCCUGUCACAUCCAUCACUCGGGAGAAGAGGGUGCCAGCCAGUCAGCAUCCAGGACCCAUGGACCAGUGGCUUAAUGAGGGGCUGCAGAUCAGGUCCAACACUUUCCAGCUCAUCAAAGUGGCCUUUGAUGAGGAAGUUCCCCAAGAAAGCAUAGAGGCAAUGAGAAAAUUGAUAAAUCGGCUCCGCCAUCCUCCAACUAUUCUGCAUCUGUUUGCCUUUGUGGGCCACUGCCAUGUUCCUCAGACACCCAGCAGACAACAAAAAGACAAACCAGGCUAUGGUACUCUCCGUGGAUUUGCUAAGAAGACUCUGAUGAAGACAGCUAAGGCAGCAGGCCUCAAACCAAGCAAGGGUGGAAAGAGGCACAAGUAUGUCUUUCCAAAUAGCAGCAAAUCCAUGACUUCACCUGGCCGCAUGAGCCUGGCACAGGUGCCCAACAUGGACUUGAGCAAUGAAGACUUGCCCCUUGAUGAUGACCUCUCUAGGGUAAACCGAGAAAACAUAAUUGUGGAUGAACUGGAGACCUCCGGGCUAAGCAAUGGAUCCAGUGGGCAGCUGUCAGUGGCUGGACUGGUUGGAGUGCGGGAGGUUGACAACAAGACGCUGGAGAAGCUGUCUGAGCGCAGCUACCACAAGGACUAUAUGCGGCUCAGUCUGGGCAGCCUAAGCACCACCACCACCACUGUGUCACCUCGGAGCAAGGCUGAGUUCAGGGUCACGUCAUGCAAUAUCAACUACCAAUUGUGUCGAAGCUACCCAGCCUUGCUGUCAGUUCCUUCUAGUACGGGAGAUGAGAGUCUCCAUCGCCUGGCCCGAUGCUACCGCCACAACCGGCUGCCCGUCAUCACCUGGCGACACCCACGCACCAAAGCCCUUCUGCUGCGAGGCGCUGGCUUCCACACCAUGAGCGUCAUGAGUAUGUUGAAGGGGCCUUCCACAACAACGGGAAACACCAGUGAAGUCUCCUAUUCAGUGGAGCAGGAAAAGUACCUUUCUGCUGUUGUCCAGUCAACUCCUCUGUCUGUGUUGCGUGAUGGGUCUUCAUGGCGACUCACUGACUCCUCCCUCUCCAUCAACUCUUUGGUGCUGGCUGCUGGAGGGGCCACUCUUGAGGUCCCUCCAUAUCACCCAUCCUACCCUACACUAACUCCUGAAGUUGGCAGGAAAACAAACCCCCUUUCAAAGGCCAUGAACACACUACGGACAGGCGGGGGCAAGGGCAGUGGCAGAAUGGGGCGCUGGGGCUCCAUGAGGGCUUCCAGGCCUGGCACGGUAUCCGGGGGUGGUGUUGGGGGGACCCUUGGGACCCUCCGCCACUACCCCACAUCCACCCCUGCCCUUCGUUCCAGCAUCAGCACGGGGCCAAGACUCUCCGUGGACUCCUCAGACACUGGCUCAGAAGCUGUUCAGUCAUUCCACAAGGCAGCACUCUAUGUGUUCGGUGAAAAAACUCAAAUUAAGGGCAUCAAGGCAGAUGCUUACCACAAAACGGAGUUCAUCCCAGUAGACUACACUGAAGUGCGGCAGAUCAAGUCGUCGUUCAAGAAGCUGAUGAGAGCUUGCAUACCUUCCUCCCCAGCAGCUGAGCAAGAGCAGUCCUUUUUUAGAGUCAUUGAGAGCAGUGAGUGGCUGAACCAGUUAGAAUUCCUGCUGCAGGUGGCUGGAGCAGUAGUGGACCUCAUAGAUUCCCUGGGUGCCUCUGUCAUGGUGCUGCUUGAGGAUGGCUGGGAUUUCACUGCUCAGGUAACAAGUGUAGCCCAGCUCUGCCUCGACCCUUAUUACCGCACCAUUGAGGGCUUUCGGGUACUAGUAGAGAAAGAAUGGUUUGCCUUUGGCCACAGAUUCAACCACCGUUCAAAUUUGCUUCAGGGAUCACAAGCAAGUGGAUUUGCUCCAAUUUUCUUACAGUUUCUUGAUGCUGUACAUCAAAUCCAGCGACAGUUCCCCCUUUCCUUUGAGUUCAAUGAAUACUACCUCCGGUUUCUGGCCUACCACUAUGUGUCUGCCCGAUUCCGAACCUUCCUUAGUGACUCUGAGCUGGAAAGAGCAGAACUUGGCAUAAUGACAGAGGAAGACAAACGAGGUUCCCUUUCUCGUCACCAUAGGGGUCUUGAGUCAUCCCAAGAUGAUGAUAUCUAUCCUGGAGGAGGUCGUAUUGGCUCACCUGGAUCUUCAGGCCAGCUGGGACAGUCUGUUUUUGAUUACAUAGAGAAACUGAGUGGACGAUCUCCAGUUUUUCACAACUUCUUGUACAUGGGUGAAAGAAUCAGUGAUUCAACGGUGCUCCGGCCUGUGAAGGAGGUAAGCGCUCUGCACCUAUGGAGUUACUUCCUGGGGGAAGAGCUGCGACAUGGUCCCUCCUAUGAUCCUGAGGUGCAGAAUCUGGACCGACAACAGGAGGAGGAGGCAGAGGCAGCUGAUGGCACCACCACUACAUCUCAACGCAGGAUUGUCAUGAGUGGAUAUGACUGUGUGUGGGGAGUGCAGCUGGAUGCAUUCUCUGCCCAGCUAGAGGAGCUUCACCACUUGGAGCUGGAGUUGGGCCACCUCCCACAGAAAUGGAAUGUACACUGGGACAAACUAGAAUUACCUCCUCCUGAGCAGCUCACACGACAAGUGUCCAUGACGACCCAGAUGGUGAGGCAUCAUGGCCGUAGUGUUCACAAGCGCAGCACAAUAGAGAUCCUGAUUCGAGGAAAGACCAGUGGGAGCGGUGGUGGUGGAGGUGGAGGAGACACUCCCCAGGGCUGCUACUCUCACCCUCACCGCUUUGAGAAGUACAAUUAUACCACACCUUCAUACUGCGACCACUGCACUUCCCUUCUCUGGGGACCACUCAAGACGGGAAUGCGCUGUAUGGAUUGUGGUUACAACUGCCAUGAGAAAUGUAUAGACUCUGUACCCAAGAAUUGCACCAAAUUUAAGAGUGUCCGGGAGUCUGGAGUCAGCAUACAAACAAGCACAAAGCCAACCAGCCUGGACACAACCUCAGUGGGAUCAGGUGUCACUUCCCUGCAGACAACAUCACACCAAUAUUAUGAGCAGUUCUCUUCCAAUGUGGCUGAAAACCGCACUCAUGAAGGUUCUCUGUGGAAACGUGGCUCAUUACUCAAGAACUGGAAGCAGCGGUGGUUUGUCCUGGACAGUGUGAAGCAUCAGCUGCGGUACUAUGACAGUGUAGGCAUGGAAGACUCCCACUUCAAGGGCAUCAUUGAACUUUCUGAUGUGGUGGCUGUUGUGCCUUCUACGCCCACUCAGGGUGCUCCAAAGAAGGUGGAUGAGAGGGCUUUCUUUGAUCUCCAGACAAAACGGCGGCUGUACAAUUUUUGUGCAUCAGAUGCGCAGGCAGCCAAGGAGUGGAUUGAAAACAUCCAGUCAUGUCUACAGUAAUAAGGACAAAUUUCUUAAUUGUAGGAUCCUAGUUUUUACCUGUUCUGAACAUUGAUUUUUCUCCAAUCUCAUCUUGUUUUUAUUAUUUGUAAAUGAUCAUUUACUUGAGAGUUACAAUAAAUAGGUUCCUCAAUGUUAAAACAUUACAGUGAUCUAGUUUGUUCAUGGUAUUGUUAUUCAAAAAGUGCACCACAUUCUUCACAUUUAAAGCAAUAAUGAUGUGUUUUUAAAUGAAAUACUCUUGAAAUUAGAUUUCCCACAAAACUUUCCUUUAAAGAUAGUGUGUCUUAUAUCAUAUUUAGUACAGUGUGUGAUCGUUGAUUCUGAAUGUGGAUCUCUUCAUUUUUAUCCUAGCCUGAAGUAUAGGGGACCAAAUCUUUAUCAAACACUGAUGAUCUAUAACAACUCAUUUCUGAUGUACUAUAUUAUUUCAAUCUUAGAUUGGGAAGAUUGUAGGAUCACUUGAUUGGAUAAAGUUGUUGUGAGUGUUUUACACUUUGUUUGUAGGUGUUAGUUGAAGUCUUGGCAUGACUGAGCUGCUGGGAGUUUUCUUUGAGAGUUGGAAGGCUGCUUAUGAAAUACUAAAGUUUGGGUAUGAAAGUAGUUAAGAUCUGUGUCUGUAGAAGGGCUUGGUGUUCUUCAUAUUCUUUGGAUAUGUUAGCCUUCUUUUGUUAUUGUAGUGUGAGAGUCUUUUUCAUUUUUCCUCUGGAAAUUUGCAUUAAGCCUCAUCACUUAAAAGUAGUACAUUGCUUAAUGUUGUGGGAUAGACUACAGUUCAUGAGGUAAAUGCCUGAAGCAAAGGUAGAAAUAUAUUCUUGUACGUAUGUGAUUCUCAUGGGAUUCUAUUAUUAGUACAAUGACUCUAUUACUGAGAUGAAGGUACACAAUUCUUUCAUCUUAUAGGUGUGAAUUUUCCUUUGUAAGGACCACAUAGGAAUCAAGCAAGUUGAAAGUGUUGUAUAAUUUUCUGAAUGGAAUUUGAACUUUGCUGUUUGAUGAUUUGCACUUAAUGCAGCUUUUUUGUUUUUAUUAUUUUGAAGUGCAGAGAGCAUUAAUGAAAAAAUAUAGAAUGACUUACAGUGGCUUUGUGAGGCAGUGUCCACAGACUGCCAUUAGAUCUGUCAGUGCGUUAGCCAACUGCUUUCUUUACCAAGGUGCACCUUGGAUAUUUGGAAAUGUAACCAUCCAGGUUAUAAUAGUUAAUAUGAGAAGCUUCUCUGCAACUUCAAAUAAUAAACAUAUUAAACAUUUGCAUCUGCAGUACUGGUUUUCCAGUUACACCAUGUAGUCUCUCAUCUUGACUGCACUACCUUCACUAUAACACUAUAAUGCAAUCAGGUCCAUAGUCUUUUUUAUGAUUUACUCAUAUGAAGUCAAAACAACACAAAAGUUUUUAGAAACCAUUUUUCCUGUGUUUGGUGUGUUUUCAAAGGGUACACCUUGGAAUAGCUGAUUAGGUGCAUGCAGGCUUCUUAAGGCAAACUUAAUUUCCACAUGAACUGUGAUCAUGGGAUUAUUUUUUUUUAAUGAAACAUCUUUCCCCCAUUCUUCCUUGGACUUAGUUUUGGUUUCCUAAUGUUUUUACCUUUUUGCAUGAAUGUGCUUUUGUAUGUACAUGUAUUUGUGCAUAUUUGUAUAUAUGCUUGUGUAUGAUAGUUUUCUGGAUUUCAUAUUUUGUAUUAGUGCAAAGCACAUGAAAAAGAGAAUUAUGAAUAACCUCUGGCACAGGUUUCUUCAGUGUUAUUGGCUUCUUACAUUUCCAUUUCAUAUUUUCUAUCCAAGUACAGUAUUUUCCCAGGUAUCAUAACUUUAGGGGCUGAUAAAGAUCUAUUAUGUUAUACUCUCAUUGUAAAUAGGAGUGUAAGUGCUAUGGAUAUUAUAUAGAUGUUGUUGACUACAUGCUUAAUACUAUAGGUAUUUGUGGCUUAUUUUCUAAAGGUGAUUAAUUGUGUAUUACUGUCAGUGUAAAUUUCUAGCCGUUCUCACCAUUGCUGUGUACAAACCAGUUCUAUGGACCAGGAGAGCAUAAUGGUGUAUCUUGGGGAGCAGGGUCAGGGUGAACUUGGCUGACUGUAUUCACACGUCAGGUGAAAAUUACCCCAGUUACUCAAUGUAGAUGUUUUCUCACGAUCACAACAGGUAACCCAACAUACAGCAGUUAGUCCCAUUAAUGCUGUACCUUGUAGUGUAUACUGUUGUCAUAUCCAGUAAAGGAUUUCUGAUUUAGUUCCCACUUUUUACCAGUUGAAUGAUGAUACCCAUUUUAGUUAUCAGGAAAAUGGGAAAUUGUUAAAUCAGGAAUAUUUAGAGAGUACCUCAAUAUUGAUAAGUAUUAUAGAUCACCACAAGGCUUGCAUCAAGGGAUUAACUUCAUCUCUUCUGUACAAUACCAAAUUUUUUAAUUGAAUCUUGCUGAUGAAAUAAAACUAGUUAUUUUGAAUACUCGUAAGAUCUAGUGAUGUGAAAGACAUGGACUUAUUCGAAUUUUAAGAUUGGAAGCUCAUUGAGUUUCUUUAUGCUAGUCAUGGUAUGAUAGUUUUUUUUUUUUUUUUUUUUUUUUUUUUUUUUUUUUACUUUGAGGUAGCUCAGCCAUUUAUGAUUUGGGUCUGUACCAUUUAUGUUCAUAAUAUCCUACAACUGCCACUUGGCACUCAGUCACAGAGGCACUGCCACAGUGGCCCCACUCAUCACAGGUGUGUGGCUGAGCUGUGACUCUACCAUGGAGCAGCUCAGUUUUCACCCUUGACUUAUUUUCAGCUUUUUACCAGACACAUAAGAAACACAUCUUUCACGUUUAAUUUUUGAAAAGCACUGAAUUAUAGUGCACUGCUAUGUUCCUUUUCUCACUUGACAUGAAUGUAUCAAGAGUGAAAGCAGAACUGCAUUUUAGGAUGAGGAAACAUAUCCACACUUGUGGCUGCUCAGAUUACCAGGGUUUUAUUUCGUCAGAAUGCAGUCCUAAUUCUGUUAAAAUAAAGAACACUAAUAAAUUAAAUGCUGAAUUAAUAUGUUAUCACAUGCAUACACACAUAAUGUUCAUGUUACUCUUACUUAAACUCUAUUUUUUUACACUUGAGUAUUGCUCUCUAGGAAGGUAACAAACUAACCUGUAUAGAAUAGCCUCUCAUAGUGCUGGCUGUCCGUGCUGCUGCAGUUCAUGUUUUAAGAUCUACAGAUUAUACUUCCAGAUCAAUAGUCAAUUCCUUAGGCAUUUUUUGUGAGUAAUCAGGCAACCAACAAAUACUCUGCAGUGCCCAAGUGGUGCCGAGGCAAAGGGAGAACAGGCUGGGCAAUGAGGGCUUCCGUGCAUGUGACAGGAAUGAGGGAUUGGUUGAGCGAACAAGCAGGAACAUUUUUAGAGCUAGAGAAUUAACUGGUUGCUCAGAAGCAGUAAUGUUACUUCAAAGGGAAAUCUGUGUUGAGGUUUAAGGUUGAGAUUAUUUCUCAGAGAUAUUCUUGAUUAGAAAUUGUACAAAUACUAAGAUGAGAGAAAUUUUCAUAUAUUUAUUUGCCAGUUUGGCUGUAUUUAUGGCAGUGUUCAUUUAGAUUGAUUGAAAUAACUAUAUCUCUUUAGAAUGAAAAACUUUAAUGAUGAAAAUGUUUAUACUGAUUUGUGGAAAAUGUAAUAUAACUUGAUUUGCAUUUUUUGCAAACUAGUGAUUGCUAUGCUGUGAAAUAUAUUCAUAUUGGAUGACCAGCUAAUACUCAUGCACUAUCAGUCGUAAAUUAUGUAAUUUCAGCAUGACAUGGUAUGUUAGACAUCUCACUGCCAUGGGCAGAGCUCUCAUGCUGGAUGUGGUGGUGGUGAGCAUCCCAGUGUGUGUGGGCAGAGGUUAAGUGUUUGGUGUUCCCUGGGUUUGGCCAAUGUGGCUUGAUGACACUAGAGCCGUGUAGUGUGAAGGCUGUGGUACUUGCUUACUCCUGCACACUAGGUGGUUAGUCACUGACAGGAUGAAUGAUUGUUUGCUGUUGGGCCUCUCAAGCAGAUGAAAGUGCAGGAAUCUGAGUAUGACUUAUAAAUAAUGCAAUUUCAUCCAAAUUGUAGUUGAAUUUUAUACCAAAUGGGUUUAGUUGCACAGCAGGAGUAUUACCUAAUGCAAUGUUAUUAUUUUUCUUUUCUUUCUUAUGAGAAAUAUGUAAUAAGUUGACACACACUGUGUUGAUUUAUCAGCUGGCAGUAUCCAAAGUGACCAUAUGCAUAAAAAGGUAUUUUGAUGAUUCCUCUACAAUUUCUUAUUACACUUCCUUUUUUUUUUUUUUUUUUUUUUUCUUCCUCCAUAUGUAAGUACAGUAUAUACAUGUUUGGCUGAAUCUUCCAUUAGUUGAUCCUGUUCCUUUUAGAUUCCAACUUCUUUACACUUAGCAUGGCUCAUAUUGCUACUACAGUGUAGUGUGUGUGUGUGUGUGUGUGUGUGUGUGUGUGUGCCCAAGCAUUACUUUGUCUGAAAUUAACUAGUUGCAAGUUUUACUGAGCAUGAAUUUUUAUUUCUAUUUCAUUUUGAAGGUAUUUACAUACAUAGUUACUACUUUAAAAUAGUACUUUUUCCUGAAUUUGUCUAUUUUUACUUUAUUUAUGUCACCAAUAGAAAGCCUUUGGUAGAGAUGCACAAAAAUUGGGUUACACAUUCUGCUCAUUUUUUAUUCUAUAUAAAGACGAAAAAAAAAAAUGCAGUGGAAAAUUGGUCACGAUGGGUAUUGUUAGCUGUACCUGUGUAUAUGUGUGUGGAUGUGUGUCUGUGUAUGAGAGAGGGUAUGUGUGUUUCUCACUGGUGUAAAUACGAUGUUGAUGUAUAUGCAUUUAUAUUGUUACAAAUACAGUGAAUAUAUAGUAA